AUGUAUUCUGCGAUGAAUGCACCUUGGGCGAACGUUCCGCCACCCCCCGGAACGACAGGCCAGUAUGGCUACCCACAAAAUCCCCCGGCAUAUCACCCCGUCCAAGUUCGACAAACCUUUAACCCUCCUCCCCUUCAUUAUAUCCCGAUGGUCCAACAGCAGCAAUUUCCGCCACCGCCUCCUCCACAGCUAGCGGAAGCGCCCGUUCAGAGGAAGAAGAUUGACUGGCCACAACCCGUUCGGAAUUACGUUCAGCGGUCAUUUGAGCCCCAAAACCUACUUGAUGAUGUCCUAAGAGCCGAUAUGGAAGUCAAAUUGAAAGCGACCAUCACCCGUGCUUCUGACAAUAAUACCCUCGAGACCAUCGAUUGGGACAACCUUCCUCUUCCCCAGCAAAUGAUCCGAGCCGAGCGCGCCCAAGCCGCUAUCUCAUGGCAACAGCAGUCUGUGGAUCUUCAUAUUGGUGGAAAUGGCCAAAUAAAUACCAGAGAUGUGAAUUUGAAGAAGAGGAAGUCCCAAGAGAUUGGCGGUGACGAGGAUUCAAAUUUCACCUCACCUUGGCGUACAACUAACACUCGCAAUGCCUUGGAAGACCGCAUCACAUUCGAUAAGCGCCAGCAACCCUUUCAUGAGGAUGCUCACAAAGGUACCAGUAAGUUCCAGAAGAAUCUGGAGAAGCGACAAAAGCGUUUCGAUGGCGGCUACAAAUCUACAUACAAGCCAUCCCCAUCUCCGGAGCCAACGUCAGGUCCGGUAGUCGGAACGUGUCAAGUCCUCGAGAAACAGUAUUUCCGCCUCACUUCAGCACCCAAUCCCUCCCAAGUUCGACCCGAGCCCAUAUUGAGAAAAACCCUAGACCUGCUGAAGAAGAAAUGGAAGAAGGAAGGGAACUACGGUUACAUCUGCGAUCAAUUCAAAUCCAUGCGGCAGGAUCUGACUGUUCAACGGAUCAAGAACGAGUUCACCGUCACCGUCUACGAAAUCCAUGCCCGGAUCGCCCUUGAGAAGGGGGAUCUUGGUGAGUAUAAUCAAUGCCAAACUCAGCUUCGUGCGCUUUAUGCACAGAAGCUGGGAGGAAAUCCAGUGGAAUUUAAGGCGUAUCGUAUCCUGUAUUUCAUUCACACAUCUAAUCGCACCGCCUUGAACGACGUGUUGGCGGAUCUAACCACAGCAGAGAAAGAAGAGAAGGCCAUCAAGCAUGCCCUGGAUGUCCGUUCCGCACUGGCCUUGGGCAACUACCACAGAUUUUUCAGACUUUACCUUGACACCCCCAAUAUGGGUGCCUACCUGAUGGACAUGUUCGUCGUCCGCGAACGUCUGGCGGCUCUAUCGAAUAUUUGCAGAGCGUACAAGCCAGAUGUCAAGUUAAGAUUCAUCACCGAAGAGCUCGGAUUCGAAUCCGAUGGCGACGCCGCCCAAUUCAUCUGCGAUUACAAAGGACAGCACCUUCUCGAAGAAAAGGAAGAUGGCCUUCGUUUCAUUAGUGGGAAAGCAGGCCAGAUCUUCGAAGCUGCGAAGAAGCAGGCCUUCGGAAAAAUCGAUAUCAAGGGCCAGAUCUAA